ACUUCCGGGUUAGCUUAGUAGCAUUUUAGCUCUUCGGUUAAGAAUGAUACGGGUGAACAAACGUGCUAAAGCGUUGUCUUUAGCGCUACAAAAAAUGUAAAUCCUCUGAAUUUAUUAUUCGGAUACUCCACGGACUCAUAAUGGGUACGCAUUACUGCAACAUAUGCCGACAAACGACAUUUUCUGGAAAGAAACACAUUUUCGGAAAACAGCAUCAAAGCAGACUCAGAGUCGUACUGACGAAAUUCAUAGAAAAGGUGAAAGAAGCUCGUCGAACAAUCAAAAAGCCACAAGUGGAAAAGUUUGACUGUAUUCAGCACAAAGAAAUGUUCUGGUGUUACUGCUGUGAGGCCGAAGUUGAAAAAAAUGUGACCGAUGACAAGAUGACUGUGCUGUUUGGAGGCGUCUUGGAGCACAUGGCUACUAAAGAACAUAAGAAGAAUACUCACAAGUUCUGGUGGGAUAAUAAAGCUGACAUGAAGCUUAAAGAUAAAGUUCUCAUCACAGACGAGGAAAUUAAGAGAUUUAAAGAUGAAGUGGCAAAUGUUUUAGAAACCUUUGUAGAGGAGGAGGAUGACUUUAUUAAACAGGAAGCUGCUUGUAUCCGGGCCCAGGAGAAGCACCGGCAGGAGGUCUUUGAGUCUCUUUUAGAGCGCGAUGAAGAGCUGGACUUGCCUAAUGGAACCACCAGCGUUGCCGUUUCUACACAAGCCUCUACAAGUAGCUCUCAGUUUCCACAUCGAGAUUCAGCGGAUCCACUCAGGGGCGGUGUCGGUGACUCGAUGGUUGAGAUGCCAUGGUCUGCACCAGAACAAGGCUUGACUUUUAUAGGUUAUCAGGACUCAUCAAACAGUGGAAAUGUUCAUACGGGCGCAGUCCCUCCUUGGCUUCAAGACGAUCCUCAGGAGGGAACCUCUGGAUCCUCAGAACAGACGGAGAUCGGCCCGUCGCUCCAGGAGUUCCUCAAACGGAAAGAGCAAGAGAAGCUGAAGAAGCUUCCUCCAAACAGGGUGGGGGCCAACUUUGACCACAGUUCACACACGGACGCCAACUGGCUUCCUUCUUUUGGUCGCGUUUGGAACAGCGGGCGGCGCUGGCAGUCCAGGCACCAAUUCAGACAAGAGGAAGGACAGAAGAAACGACAGAAGAGAAAGCGGGAACAAAGCAGAGAGCAGCUUCCAAACUCAGACAUUUGAGAUGGGAUUUGUGAGAACUGAUCGCAGAUUUUUACUUGUGCUGCUCUGAUCUCUGUAAACUAUAGAAAUGUUAGCUUUCACUGAUGUGAAAAAGCCUUCUUUUUUUUUGUCUAUAUUUGUUUUCAUACAUUAACAGCAGGGCUGUAAGUAUUGUGGGCUAGUUUUUAGUAAAUGAGCUCAACUUGUAUUUUGAUGGAUGUAUACGGGAGAGAAAAUGUCAAUUUAUGUUCAUAAAAACUUUAUUUCUCUAAAUAUAUUUUAACAGCCUUGCAGCAAUAGUCACUCGAUCUGAAAAAAAUAAUUUAGCAAAAUGUAGAGUCAAUUUUGCCUUUCAGGAUCUUCUCAAUUAAUUAUAUUAAAGUUUUUUUUUCAAUUCCA